AUGGACGGAAUCGAACGCAGCGGUAAAGUCAACAAGGCAAAUGGUCCUUGGUCGUUAGUAGCUACGGCGGAAUUCAAGGAUCUGUCUCAGUUUGAAUAUCCGAUCCACACAUCCAAGCGCAGCACGAAAUCCGGCCUGACUUGGUCGCGUCCUGGAGUCGCGCACAGACUGGGACCGUCUGAGGAGAACAACAGCGAACAUCUCCGCAGCAAUGUCGAUGAGACUUAUGCCACGGUAGUUCUCACAUGUUGUCUUGUCUCCCUUCUUGUGGUCAGGCACUAG